AUGUCUGACAGCGUGACAGCAGACUAUUCAAGGAGUUUCUCGGCCAUCAAGCUACUCGAGACGAAGUCCGGGUGGCAACGAUGGAACGAGGAUAUCCGCAAUGCCUUGCUAUUUGCAGGUUUCAAUGACGUCCUGAACAGACAGAUCGACAUUCCAGAACAGCGAGAAGACGAAUCCGACGCUAAGCAUAAUGAGCGUGUGGAGGCGUGGGAAGACAAGCAAGCACGUGCACUCGCAGUUGCACGCGAUCGAUGCGGUCACAAUGCCAAGAAUGCCAUGAAGAACUCUAAAACCAUACUUGAGGCCCUUGCGGCGAUCCAAGAACAGUUUCAGUCGUCUGGCUCUGGUGGUUAUGACAGACUAACGACCGAGUUCAACGAGCUGGAUCUCAACAAAUGCCAGAGCGUGGGAAAGCUUGGCUCGGAAAUACUCCGAGUGUGGGACCAGAUCAAGGCCAUUGAUCCUCCGGCCCUGGGAGAGUCGUACGUGGUACAGCAUCUCCUUAACGGCCUCGGGGACAAGUACGACUCCUUCAGAACGUCAUUUGGCAUGCAGUACAGUGUGGUA